AUGACCGAAUCUACCCAUACAGGAAUUUACCACUGGAAAUUAGGAGACGUAGCUCUGGCCAGGAUUUGCAAAAAAGUGUACGCUAAAGUCCAAGUUGUGAAGAAUGAAGAUGGAUUGUUUCAUGAUGAUAAAGUUCUAGGCAUCUCAUCAUGUGACGGUGGGGUUCAAGUGACAGAUGAGCUGUGCUAUCACGUUGAAAUACUCCGCAACAGGCAGAGGUUGUGGCUCCCAUAUACUUGUAUGCACCUGGCUGAACGAUCCAGACCCUACUACGGACCUUCAUAUAAAACACCAGCCGCUAAGCCCGCAGUGAAAACCAGCUCUAGGAAGAGGAAGAUUAUUGAGGAACACAUACUACCUAUUAAUGUGAAACCAUCAAAAUCCAAAGAACCAGAUCUGAAUGUGUCCUAUGAAAGCCGUCAAAAACCACUCAAGCAAGGGAAGUAUGAAAAUGCUUUCAAAGAAUUUGUUAGACUCGGCAAGGAGCAGAUAUUUGAUCAGUUUUACGAUGAGUUAUGUCUUGACAGAGAAAGCAAUGAUGAUAUAUUAUACUAUAUGCAUAAUAUAGAUGCCAGUACCGAGGAUAAGUUCGAUAUGGUCAUCAAGAACAUUAUGACGGAGAAAGAAAUAGAGAAUUACUUGCAUCAGUGCUGGAGAUAUAACUUUGUUCACAAGCAAAUUGAUAGCAAAGAAACAUCCGACAACUUGAAGAUUUUCUCAGCCUCUCCGCCGGUGAUAACAGUUCAUAUAUCAUGGUGUCUGGUUUGCGGGGACAAUGAGAGGCUCCGUGAAUGCACGCUCUGCCCUGCAUCAUAUCACUUGGCCUGUAGAAGAGAAUGGCUGCUGUCUAUUAUACACCGAAAGAAUCCACCAAAGAAAGUUCAGAAGCAAGUGACGCUCGUUGACAAGAUUCUAUCCAGCACAAGAACCAUCAGCAGCGUCCGCAAAGAGAAGGAAAAUCUAGAAGUCUGUCCCAGCUGUAUGUGGGGACCUAAAGUUGGGUACGAUGACGUUGUUUGGCACAAGCUGGGCUCUUGUCCGUGGUGGCCGGCGCGCGUCCUCACACCGGGCGCUCUGCCCUCGUGUCUGCUGACACGCUCACAUUCCCCGCACCACUGGCCGCUCAGAUACUACGGUACCCUGAACUACUCCUGGGCGGAAACCAGUCGCAUGUGCCUCUUCCUGCCGAAGCACACAUCGGCACUGAAGGCCAGGGAUGACAGUCUGAGGCAGGCCGUUUUGGACGCCGCAGAUGACUACAUAGCAGUCUAUCUCACAUAGAGUGAAGGUCGUAGACGUCCAAGGUCGGUAUUAAUAUAACCUAUGACCUUAU